AUGAACCAUGCACAAGGAACUUUACAAGUAACAAUUGUUGAAGCUCGUAAAUUAAAAGACACAGAUAUUGUUGGUAAAGAUGAUGCUUAUGUUGAACUUUAUUUGGAUAAAGAUUAUAAACAACGAACAAAAACAAGUAAAGAUACCAAUAAUCCAACAUGGAAUGAAACAUUUUCUUUUAAUUUGCACAAACAUCAAGAUGAAUUACAUAUACAUGUUUAUGAUGAAGAUAUAGCUGGACGAGAUUCAAUAGGUUCAGCAACGAUCAAUUUAAAGAAACAUGUUUUUGGUAAAGGUCGUUAUGAUGAAUGGGUCAAAUUACCAGCUCAUUUAGGUCUUGGUUCACAUGGAGAAGUUCAUGUUAUUAUUGAGCAUCGAAAUAAAUUUAUUAAUAAACCAGCUUCAAUUAAAAAACGUUCUUUUAUUCAAUUUUUUGUUGUAUCUUUUGUCAUUUAA